AUGUACGCAGAGAACAGAGAGUCCAGAAAGACUGAGGAUAAUGAAAGGGAGAACAUUACAAGUAGUGAUUCACCGAUACCUACAAGGUCAUCAUUUAUGCAAAACACAGUAGAUUAUCUAGAAUAUCUUGCAGAGCAAGAAGAAUAUGCACCACCACGAGCUCCAAAACAUGAUCCUGGUCCUUCUGAUCAUUCGUAUCAACCUACCGAAUUAUCUUCUCCAUUUGGCCAAUAUCCGACAUAUCUCUCAAAUCCUGAGAUGAAUGAACAAUAUUUAUCACAGUCAUAUAUACCUCAAGAUGCAGAAAUAUCAUUACCUUUAUCUCCUCUAGAUGAGGUUCGGAGCAAAAUGGUUGAUAUACAAACAGUUCCUUCACAUCAAAUAAUGAUAUAUUCCCAUAGACCGCAAUUUCAAAAUUUUUCUAUUGAAAUGACAGAAGGCACGAUACAUUCAUUAUCAUCAUCAUCGCGACAAGAAAAUAUAGUUCCAUCGUCAUUAACAUUACCAGGUGUAACGAUGACGAGAAAUCGUUCGAGAAUUAAAAACCCAAAAAUUGAAAAUAUGCCACAAAUACGUUCAGGUUUUACUGCUCAAAUACAUACGAGUAAUACACCUCUUAGACAAGAAUUUCGGGAGAGCGAUAUUAUGUCUCCUACUCAUUUUAAACAAUUAUCAUCACAACACAGGAAUAGUAAUAUAUCAACGUUGUUUUUCGGUAGUAGUGUUAGUAGUAAUGAUUCGAUAUUACAAACUGAAGUAAGAGUCGCUCAUGGCGAUCCCGAUGACCCUUUAUUAAAUAAUCAAAAUCGACUCAAUAUUUCCAAAAUUACCACCCGAUCUAUCCCUUUUCCCCAACAACUUGUUCCACACUAUCAUCACCAAUCACAAAAUAAAGAAAGCGAAGACCUUACAUCUCCCGUUUCUCCUGAUGCGAUAACGGAAACUCCAUUACUUAAUUCAGAUAAAAAAAGUUAUAAACCAAAAGGUUUAAUUAUAUGCCUCUGUUUUGGUGUUAUUGCUGGAAUAAUCUUUACUUUAUGGGCUAUAACUACUUUGAUGCCAAGUACUAGUAUACCUAAGACUAAUAACAAAAAUGUAAACCCUAGG